AUGACUUCAAAUGAUGCCAUCGCAUCCACGGCACAGAGGUCAGAGCCGCUCGUGGAGCAUGAAAAUUCAGAGGUAAUCGAGGACAAUUUCUACAAAACAGAGAUCAAGACAAUGUGCAGCGUUGGUUGGCCGAUGCUUAUCAGCUUUUUCUGUCGAUUCGGUAUGGCUUCUGAAGACUCCGCGUUCGUGGGACACAUCACAUCUGGAACGGCGAAAUUGCUCAAUACCGGACCUACUGUGCUUGGGAAUGGCGUCGUUUGGAAUAUGGGGGCCGCUUUGCUUGGCUACGGGUUCCUAGCAGUAAAAGGCAGCAAUGAAGGCGCAGUGGGCUAUGGACCCGUUGAUUACUUGGCAGCUGCUGGGCUGUCUGACAUGGUCACAAACAUCCUGAUCAUUCCGCCGUUGGCCUUUAACCAAAGCCUCAAUGCGCUUGUCAGCCAGGCCAUAGGAGCUGGCAACAAGAAGAUGGCGGGCACUUGGCUGCAGCUCUCUUUGAUUUGGUUGACCCUUGGCUACGGGGUGACAUUAGCUUCGUUUUUCUUUGUCUCACCCAUGCUGAAGCUUCUGGGCUUUUCCGAAGAUGUUUGUGAACUUGCCGGGAUGUACGCGAAGUACAACAUCUUCUGGCCGAUCCCGAAUGGUUGGUACCAGAGCAUGCGCUUCUACUUCCAGGCGCAAGGCAUCACGAAGCCAGCCAUGUACAAUAACAUCAUCUUCCUCGCUGUAAAUGCAUUGCUGAACUGGAUUUUCGUCUUCGGCGGACCUUUCAGGGCCUGUGGAUGGUAUGGUUUUGGAUUCAUUGGGGCGGCGCUCUCGCUGAGCUGUUCCAGAACCUUGCAGCCACUGGCAUACUGGCUCUACAUGUUCUGGUGGCGAAAAGCCCACCUCGACACUUGGCCAUCGUGGUCCCAGAAGACCUACCUGACAAAGGAGCACGUGAAGAACUUUAUGGCCAUGUCUUUGCCACAGAUGGGAACGCUGAUUUUUCAAGCGUUUGUCGGCCAAGCCACCACUCUGAUGAUCGCAAAGUUGGGAGAAGAGGCGGUUGCGGCCAGCUCGGCAGCGGCCGCUGCAACGAUGGUCUUUACAGGCGGCCUCUCUCCCACACUUUCAAUGGUUGGAGGCAUGCGCGUUGGAUACUAUUUGGGUAAGGGGCAGGGAAAGCAUGCCAAGAUGGUUGGGAUGCUGGCGCUGCUACUUGGGGCUGUGAUAACAGCAGUCAUUGCCGCUAUUUACCUUCCUUGUGGGAAGUACAUCAUGCACGUGGUAUCCAAAGAUGAGAAGGUGGACGUGCCAGCAACGACCAUCCUUCCGGCCAUAAUGAUGAAUUUGAUUGCCUCCAUCAUUGUAUCCGUGGGUACUCAGGGAAUCUUGACGAGUCAGGGCCGCACCAAAGCGGUGACGUUUCUGUCGAUGGGAUUUGAGCUUCCCUUCUCAGUUGGCUCUACCGCAUUUAUGGUCUUUUAUGUUGGUGCCUCCUUGAAUCUUGUCUACUGGGCUCAGGCAGCUGUUUCCUGGGUGGAGGCUGCUGUGAUUCUAUUCGUCAUCCGCCGGAGCGACUGGGCGGCGCUUGCGCGUCAGGCACACAGUCGGCAGGGAGUGGAGCAGCCCGACCAAGAUGCAGAAACUGGGCAGGGCCGCAUCUCCACCUUCGGUGAGAUGUCUGACGAUCUUACGGCAAGUGGCAUCUCUUUGCAGCCUCAUGCGGAGAAGGACGCAGGCACUGAACCCAGCGCGGAUGCCCCUUCUCUUAUUGGAGGUUGA